AUGUUCUCGCGUGCAUCUCUCUUGCGCCUCAUUCCUGCGGCGGCAACACCGGUCUUCGUCGCAAGCUGCGAUGAGGCGAGCGCGCGCAGCGCAAUCGCCAAGCUCAUCGAGGAUUCGGAGGAGAAGCGCGACGACGGCACAAGCAUGGGUCCCACCUUCGUGCGCCUCGCCUGGCACGCGUCCGGCACGUGGUGCGCGAAGACCAAGACCGGCGGCUCCGACGGCGGCCGCAUGAAGUUCUGCCCGGAGAGCCGGUGGGGCGCGAACGCGGGCCUCGCCGAGGCCCGCCGCCUCAUCGAGGGCGUCGCCACGGCCCACGGCCUGUCGCGCGCCGACGCCUUCACGCUCAGCGGCGUCGUCGCCAUCGAAGGCAUGGGCGGGCCGACGAUCGCGUGGCAGGCGGGCCGCUCCGACGCCGCCGACGGGUCGUCGUCGCCGCCGGACGGCCGCCUGCCCGACGCGGACAAGGGCACGCUCAAGGGCACGGUGCAGCACCUCCGCGACAUCUUCCACCGCAUGGGCUUCGACGACAAGGACAUCGUCGCGCUCUCCGGCGCGCACGCGCUCGGCCGCUGCCACGAGACGGCCUCGGGCUACUGGGGGCCCUGGACCUUUGCGGAGACGACGUUCUCCAACGAGUACUUCCGCCUCCUCCUCGAGGAGACGUGGACGCUCAAGACGACGCACAACGGCCGCGCGUGGACCGGCCCGGACCAGUUCGAGGACCCGUCCGGCAAGCUCAUGAUGCUCCCGUCGGACGUCGCGCUCCUCUGGGACAAGGAGUUCCGCAAGCACGUCGAGGUCUACGCCAAGGAUGAGGAGCUCUUCUUCAAGGACUUCGCCGCGGCCUUCGCCAAGCUCCUCGCCUUCGGCACGCCCGGCGCCUCGACGGGCCUGGUCGGCGGCCUCAAGGCCGCCGUGGGCCUCUAG